AUGACUGAACAUAUUGACAAAACUCGACUCAAUAAUGAUUUAAAUUAUCGUUUUAACUAUAUAUCAAAAUUUAUUGAUUUUAAUCAAGAUGAUAUUAAAAUACUUAAUACAUUAGCACCAAUUAUAUUUCCACUUCUUCCAACUAUAGUUGAAACAGUUUAUAAAAAAUUAUAUACAUAUGAUAUAACAAAAGAUUAUUUUCUUAUACAUCAUGAUGGUUUUGAACAAUUUUCACCAAAUAAAGAUCAUGGUAUAACAUUAGAUUCCGUACAAGUUGAUUAUCGUAAAGAUAUGUUAAGUAUUUUUUUAACACAUGUAUUUACACAAACAGAUUGGAAUGAUACAUUUCUACAAUAUUUAUCACGUGUUGGAGAAAUUCAUACAAAUAAAGGUGGUUCAGCAUCAAUUAAUGUUGAUUAUAUACAUAUAAAUGCAUUACUUUGUACACUUGAAAAUAUUUUUAUUGAUACUAUAUGGAAUAUAGAAAAUAUGGAAUUGAAAAAAAAACGUGAAACUUUAAAAACAUUAAAUAAAUUUUUUUGGAUACAAAAUGAUUUUUUUACAAUGCAAUAUGGAAUAUCAUUAAAAGAUAAACAAAUAUCUAUUGUACCAAAAAUUAAUUUUUCAAAUUGCUUUUUUCGUUAA